UGUCAAAUGAAGCUAUCAGUCGAUCGUUGUUGUCGUCACAAGCAGAAAAGUGUGAUAAAAAAGCAAAGAAUAAAAAUAAAUAAAUAUAUAAAUAUUUAAUAAAGAAUCAAAAUAUUAUUUAAAAACAUUUCACGUAAAUUAAGAUAAACAAAAUAAAAUAACCAUGAAAUUAUUAUUAUUUGUCACCUUAUGCGUCCUCGUCGCGUUGGUCUCAAGCGCUCCUGCCCCCCAACAAGAAGUGCAAAUUGUCGAAUAUGAAAAUAACAAUGAUGGGACAGGCAACUACAAUUACAGAUUCGCAUUAAGUGACGGCACUAAGCAAGACGAAACCGGACAAUUGAAGGAUCUACAAGGUGAAGAUGGUCCUGUUCAAGCUGUUGUUAAAACUGGUUCUUAUGAAUUCACCGAUUUGGACGGCAAAGUCCAUAAAGUCACUUACACGGCUGACGAAAAUGGUUUCCAUCCCGUAGUGGAAAGUUAAAGUCUUUAACCAAGUGAACAAAAUAAACAUACAUACAUAUGUGCUCCUAUAUAUACAGAACAAAAAAAAAAAAAAAAAAAAAAAAAA